CGGGAAUAUAACGCGGUGCUGAUCUAUGCAAGAAAAAAACGGUGUAAGUCGUGUAACUUUCUUUGAGAAACAGCAUCACAAAUUUGCCCUACAUGACAGAGAAAGCCUGUCGUGCGUGGCUUGUAAGGGAAAACACACUUGUCUGGCAUGACAGGUGUAACUCUGUUGCAUGUUCUGCAUUACAGAUUUACACCUACACAGUUUUUUUCUUGGAUAUGAUCGCGCACCUCUCCGACAUGGUGCAGGAUCAAGACAAGUACAAUCUCGGUUCGGACUGGGUCUUGCCCCUCCCAGCUACGGAACAAGACUUUGAAAAGCAGUUCCAGCGACUGCUCUACGAAGGGGAAAUUCAGGCGGGGAUCCGGGAUAUCAAAUGCAAAUAUAAUGUCUGGGUCAGGAAGAAUAACAAGAAUGCAAGAUUUGUCAUGGUUUUCUGGCAUGACUGUUCACUCUGUGUUGCUUAGGCGCAGAAAGAUCCACUCCUGACUGUCAUGCAAAAAUGAAGCCUGCCAUGCGGAAAGCGCAACACGCAGGAGUUCACAAACUUGUCAUGCUUGGUCACCCAUUGCAGUGGGCUGCUCAUUACUCACAGACUUGCAUGACAAGUUUCCAGAGGACCCAGACAUGUUUGCAUUGGAUCCGGGACCACGAGGGCCGAGAGCUGGUGCUACGGUUUGACGAGGACGGAAAGGUGGUGAAGAGACUCAAAUCCGAAGUCAAGGAGGAGGAGCGCAACGAGCACCGGGAGUAUUUUCAACGAAAAAUCUUUCCGAAGGAAGAGCGAGAUCAGAAAAAAGCAAAAAAAGAGGCGUGGUUGAAUUCGAACGGCGGCGAUUUGCCCCUGUGGCCCGACUCUGACGACGAGGGCGAGAGGAAGAGACAUAUCCUGUGUAAAUACGUCCCCUCACCAUAGUUGUCAUGCAACUCUGCAUGCUUAAAAUGUUUUUCAUGCGGAGCCCCAUGAGAAGCAUUUUCUUAUGUGGUUUUGAAAUUUGUCAUGCUCAGAUCAGCAUGAGAUACUAGAUCUGUAAUGCUGCUGAACUAGCUCAAGCAGCACUAUGCUACGCGUCCAGAUUUGUCAUGCCAAACAACCAAAGCUAGUGUGAUUUGUCUAGCAGAUUUCGCACGUUGACUCUGUUCUGGGGCGGGACGUUUUUACUCAGGAUAAGACAAAGCUCAGACAACGAAUCGGAUCGGAAAAACCGCAACCCCAGCUCCGAAAGCGAUUCGGGUGGCAGUGGGGGAGAAGGAAAACCCCACCGAAACAAGAAUCGCCGGCUGCUCGACUGGAUGCAGAAAGAGAAACGCGAAAAGGCAGCCAACUGCGAAAGUCGUCUCAAGCGGGAGCGCAGGAUGGAGCGCGAAAAAAAACUGAAAAAGCUCCAGGAGAAGGAAAAACGCCGGAUCAAAGAAGAACGAGACGUGAAGCGCAAGUACCACAAGGAAAACGCGUUGACGUACCGGAAAUUGGCCGAGUUAAAAGAGGAGGGUCUUGUUGCGUACACGGAGGAGGAGAAAAACGCGCGGAAAAUGAAAAAACGCGCAGAAUUCGAAGAAGCCAGAUUGAAGCGGAAGGAGCGGAUCCUUUACGACGAAACAGGCAAGAAAAUCAUGGGUCGGAGAAAAAGGGAGGAAUGGGUGGAAAUGCGAGGUAAGUACUUACUUUACUACUGGUGACGAGUUGUGAUUUUUAUGUGUCUAGUACUCCUCGGCUGGUGCAGAAAUUUUUGUGCGUCCAAUCCUUCUCAUUGCUGAAAAUGAAAAAGUGAAACAACGUCAAGCAUUGCCACUGUUUGGCAAGAAUGAAAGCUUUGACGGAUAAUAUUAUCUUGAAAUGGACUUUUACAGACAAGAAGUCCGCUGCAGCACGACCACCACCUACUCCUACUAGAUCAUUUCAUUUUAUUCAAUUCACAUUCACUCUCCCCAGCCCUGUUCGAGGAAAUCAAAGCCCAGAAGCGGAGACGCUUUGUCGAGGAGAAAAACGCACCUUACCGCGCGAUUCUCCAACAAGACCUGAAGCCCCUUGCGUUGUAUGCAUUGCAAAAUUAUCGUACUACUAGUAAAAUUGCAAUACAAAUUUUAUCAAGAAGGGAACUUCUAGAAUUAAUAUUUACAUUGCUUGACUUCCGGGUUCUGGUCCCGCCUACCCCCCGGCGACAGGUGACCUUGACAGGUGACCAGGACAGGCGACCGUGACAGGUGACCUUGACAGGUGACCUCGACAGGUGACGUUGACAGGCGACCCUGACAGGUGACCUUGACAGGUGACAUUGACAGGCGAUCUUGACAGGUGACGUUGACAGGUGGCCGCGACAGGUGGCCGCGACAGGCGAAGCGAGAGGAUAAAGCACAGGCGAGACCAGCGCCUGGGCGCAAAUAUUUAUUUCUCACGCCAAGUGCCGCUCUUGACCUUGACGUGAAAAAAAAGAAUAGACUAAAAGCGCCAAAAAAAAAAAACGCGACGCAAAAAAUGGAAAAGAUUAAAGCUGUAACACAAACUGCCUCCAUAAACAAAGAAGUCUUUGCGUUGCCAUGCAAAAAUAAAAAAGCGGCUAUCUCUGCAAUGCACGGCCAGGAGACAGCUGCUUAUUUUGCUCUGUGGAAUCGGAAAGGCGUUGCGCUUCAAUAUUAGAGAACUUUUUUGCAGCAGCCACACAGAGAUAUUUAUUUUGCUUCUAUUUUUGUUGUUUCUUGCAAAAUGCAGGGCGCCUAAUUCGCCCUUUUUCCACUAGCGCUUCGCGCACUGAGCCACUACGCGCGCGCCUGGUGUGAGGCGAGGAGCGGACGCUGUCCGCUCCGAUGCCGAACACCCUUCCCCCACUAGCGUUUUGCGCACUAAGCCACUACGCGCGCGCCUGGUGUGAGGCGAGGGGCGGACGCUGUCCGCCCCGAUGCCGAACACCCUUCCCCCACUAGCGCCACUAGGAACGAGCACAAGGCCCCAGCGUGGGGACCCUGUCCCCACGCUCGGGUGGGCCUUGUUUGUCAUGCAGAUCCAGGUAUAAAAAUAGAUUUGUAAAAAUGCAUGACUGCAAUAUACUACGAUUACAAUACUUUUGCACUGCACAUGUUGAACGCAUUUGCGAUCAACGAGCUCGAGUCCACGGCGAUCUGCGACCAGGACACGCGGACCUUCCCGUACAACAAGCAGGACCUCGGGAAACAGGCCAUGCUGAAUUACGCGGUAACCGCGCGGAGCGAGUAUUUGAUGGGGUACUGCCCGCGGAUCGACUGGGAAAAAAUCCACGUAUGAACUGCAAAAAAAUCGUACUCGUAUAAAUGCAUUACAAAUUUCCUCAGCAUGAGAAAGAAAAUUUGUAAUGCGGAUUUAACUUGAGAAAGAAAUUUGUAAUGCAUGAAUGGGAUUACUACGAGCACGAUACUUUUGCACAGGAUGCCACGCGUUGUUGUACAAUUACUCGAUCAAUUUGAACGCGAUCGGUAUGGAUGUGUCAGAGUUGAAAUCGACAAAGUUGAAAUAAUUUGUCAUGCAUAAAAUGGAUGCCAGUUGGAACCCAGUUUUCAAGUGGUCCCUGUUGGAACCCAGUUAGUUGGAACCCAGUUGGAACCCCGCAUGACAAAUUUCGGUGGUCCCUGAAUCCAGUUUGUCAUGCUGCUUAGGCAAAGAAGAGCGAUGUUCUCAUGCUACUUUAGCAGCUCGAGCUUUAACGACCCCAAACAGGCUUCAUACAAUCGGCCUCACUUGCCUGCUCUGCAACACACGUACCUCGGGUCAUGCAUUUUAUGCAUUACAAAUUAUUUCAACUUUGACGAUUUCAGACCUGACGCUUCCAUAAUCGGAAACGGUAAGUUCUUCGCGUUGCAGAGCAACUACGACUUCAUGCUGAUGACCAACAUUUUCACCGACUCGAGAAUCAAAAACGACGCAGGAGUACUGCAGCAGCACCCGCAGAACAACAAGAAACUCCCCCUCCGCGGCGGGCUCAUGCAGCUGGAAAACCGGUUUCUGCCACGGCUUUUCAACCAGAAGUCCGGUUUGACCGUCGAGCAAGGCAAGCUGAUUGACUGGCGGUUACGGGGCACGGCUAGCGGCAUGACGGGGUACAAGCAGAUUCUGGAUCGCUCUGACGAUCCGCAUAUGGAUUGCAAAAGUGUCUGGGUCUGGAAGAUUGCAACCUGUAAUGCUGUCUUUGGAUUCCGAAAAAAUCUGCAUUGCAUGAUCAGCAACAGGACUCCGGUUUGUGUUACGCGGAGAGAGCAUCUCUCAUGCGGAAUAGGCAUCGGGAAGCCCUCUAAAAAUCUGUGUUGCUAGAUCAUGCAUUAGAGACAUCAAUCAUCAUACAAAAUAUGCAUGACAAGUCUGCACUCUUCCAGACCCAGACAUGUUUGCACUUCAUACCGCACCAGCUAUUGCCGCUACAGGAUCGCGAGGAUGUGAUGCGGCAGUAUCAAGUUCUUUCAGGGUAUGGAAGCGUCAGGUUUGAAAUCGACAAAGUUGGAAUGAUUUGCCAUGCAUAAAAUGCAAGGCAUGAAGUGCCUGUCUUGCCGGGAUGGCAAGUGAGGCCGACUGUCAGCCUGUUUAGGGUUUGAAAUAGAGCUGCCAAAGUAGGAGCAUGACAAAAGCAGUCUUCUGUGCCAAAACAGCAUGACAAAUCGGAUUCCGGUGCUCCGAAAAUUUGUCAUGCGUCCCUUGGAAAUUGGGCUUCCAACUGGUAUCCAUUUUAUGCAUGACAAAUGAUUUCGGCUUUGUCGGUUUCAAACCUGACGCUUCCAUAUGAGGAAUGAUGAAAAUGAGUUUUCGUUCCAGCAGCAGUCGCUGCUGGCGCUGGAAGAUAAAGAGCAAUCCGUGCUGAACGAAAGCAUGAUGAGCAGAAGGAGUACGCAGUCGAACGCGAACCAGAAGAACAGCGCCGGGGCUAAGACAAAGAGGAACGAAGAUGUGGUGGGUAGUACAUCAACUAGGAAGAAAAGUCAAAGCAAAAACGAUGAAGAUGUUGACAUGCUUGAAGGAAACGGUGUCACCGACCACGACCAGUCUGGACUGCAAGAGCAAGCUGGUUCUUUUUCACUAGAUGAAAACAAAGGACGAGCUACUUCUAAGUACGACGACGUCCAGCUGAACUUUGACAGUUUUCGAACAGUUGCGAAGAACAAGGAAAGCAAUAAAAACCUGGUUAGCGGAAGAUCAGCAGCAGAAGACAAGAAGUUUGUGUUGGUUACCGGCCCGAACACGAGCGGUAACUCCUUUGCCGAGGACCAGCGCUGCGGGGGCUUAGAAGAUCCUCACGGUCUCAACAACAGUUCUUUUCUGACCAACGACUACCUCAACACCUCCGGCAUGACUGCAGCAGCUCGUGAGGACUUGUCGACUUCUCGACGUCACCCUGCUCUUCUUCAACAUCCUGACGGCUCGGCGUUGUUAACCACGGAGGACAUUCUGGCGCGGACUUCUCCCGCGCACUGCGACAAAGCCUGGGUGAAAGCCGAUGAGACGGCGUAUUUGAAGGAAAUGGGCUAUAUCAAGUGCAAAAAUGUCUGGGUCUGGAAAGUGGUAACUUGUGAUGCUGUCUUUGGAUUCCAAAAAAAUCUGUAUUGCAUGAUCAGCAAGAGGAGUCUAGUUUGUGCUACGCGGGGAGGGCAUUUGUCAUGCGGAACAGGCAUCAGGAAACCCUCUAAAAAUCUGUGAUGCUAGGCCAUGCAUUACAGACAUCCUGGGUCAUGAAAAAUAUGCAUGACAAACCCGGCAACAUUCCAGACCCAGACACUUUUGCAUUUGAUAGGCUACAAGUUUCUGGAGCAGAGCGACGCACUACGCGCGCAAAAGCCCAUGGCAAUUUCUUCGGAUGCUAUCCUGUACAAAAGUAUCGUACUCGUAGUAAUUGCAGGCAUGCGUUACAAGUUUUUCUCUUAAGGUAAAUCCGCAUGACAAAUUUUAUUUCCCAUGCUGGGGAAAUUUGUAAUGCAUUUAUACGAGUACGAUACUUUUGCAUUUGAUAGAUGCCUGGGAGCAGCAAGUCACCGAGGUCAACGCGAUGGACACGAGGGACGAAUUCGGUCGGUCCCAGCAAGCGAACUCCCUGCGGAAGCAGCACGAAACGAGCGUCGCGCUGGUGGAGCAGCCGGUGGAGAUUUUGAUGAACAAAGAGACACAUCAAUUUGAGGACGAGGACCCGAGCGAGACCUACGCAAUGAAAAACCUGCCAAAUUCCCACCCCCACUGCCCGGAACCCUACGAAAACCGAACGUUGGCGGAGUUGGAACAAACGCCGAACUUCCAACCCAUCCCGGAACUGACGAAUUCGAAGUACGACGUGCCCAUCCACUACGACCGCUACGAAGCCGACACCUUAGUUCGCCUGCAAACCUGCGGCGCCACGCCGUACGGGUUAAACAACAUUCAGCAAGAAUUUUACCGCUACGAUCUGUGUCUGAACGAGGGAAAAUUCCCGUCGGUCGACGAGUUUACGAAACAAGUUCUGAUCGAAUUUUACAGCCGGAUGGGGGUGUAUCGGAAGAAGGUGAUUCUGCAGCAGGGAGACGAGUUCGUGAAGUCCGUCGAUGCCGCGAACGCACGGGACCUGGAGAUCGAGGAAAACGACCCGGACGGGCUGGUCGAGAUUGACAAGUGGCGCGCCGACAUGACGCAAAAACUCGUAGCGAAAAACGGGCUGACGGGUGCGGGUGCGGCCGGGGUAACGCCGUAUUCGGAGAUGGAGUAUUGGGAGAAUAUGGUGCGAUAUCCAAGGAAAAAAGUGUUACAGUUACACAUUUAUAGUGAAUUCAGCAUCACAAUAAAUUUGCAUCGCAUAACGGAGAAAACUUGUAAUGCAGAGAUCAUAAGGCAAAAGCAAAACACACAGGAAACGAGACUCGCAAGCAUUUUGCGCAUGACAGAAAUCGUCUGUCUUGCUGGUCUUGCAACACAAUGCGUAACUCCUGUAACACUUUUUUCUUUGCAUAUGCGACAUUUGGAAAAGGACGAUGUUCUGGCGGAUCCGGUGGAGUCCGUGAUGGAAUACCUUGACUUGUUCAAAUCAUCCCUUUGGAAAAACAGCGAGACCCGCGAAAAGGCACCCUGGAAAAUUCGCGCCCCACAGCAGGACGAGAUUUUGAAAAACAAGAGUGGAACUAGUACGGGCGCUGGUGCUGGUGGUUCCAGUAAGAAGAAAGCGGCUGUUGAUGAGAAAAAGUCUGCGAUUAAAGGCGGAAAUAAAAGUACAAGCAAGGCAGUUGCAGUUGCUGCACAGACUUCGAAAAGUAAAUCUAGUUCCAUCAAAGUGAAAAAGGAGCUCGAUCUGGACCUCGACCUUGACGCCUCUAUGAUGUCCUCGGAUGGUGGUGGUACAGGAGCUGCUUCGGAGCAGGACCAGCCCCCGAAGAAGAUCAGGGUGAAGAAGGAACUUGUAUCAAAUGCACAUAUGUCUGGGCGGUCUGGAAGAUUUAAACCUGUCAUGCUAAAUCUGAAUGAUGCAAAAAUCUGUGUUGCGUGAGUACCAAAAGCUGUCCGCUUUUGACCAAGGUAAAAGGGAGCUUCUCAUGCAAGAAAGGCAUGAUAGAGACCUCAAAGAGUCUGUCAUGCUGGGUCUCGCAUUCCAGACCUCAUGGGUCAUGGAAAAUCUGCAUGACAAGUCUUGCAACGUUCCAGACCCAGACAUUUUUGCAUUGGAUAACUUGGAAUGGAGAGCGAAGAUGAGGACAACGUCGAUAUAAACCGAAGCCAGUCGAAAAUCAAGCAAGAACAGCACGAUCAACAAGCGGGUGGUGAGACUAGUAACAUUUUUGACACGAACUCCGAAGCUGCUGCUGCAACAGUUGUUGUCGACCCAAGCUACGAGCAUUGCGAAGCGUUGUUGUCCCGCACUCUGGCCAAAAUGGCACUUCCCGUGGACCUGUUAUUUGAGCUGCACGAGAAGGUCCGGGCGAAGUACACUUUUCGAACUAGUACGGGAGGUGGUUCUGAAGUGCGAAAAAAUGACAAAGAAGAGCCAUCUUCUUCUGCUGCACGAAAAAAUAAUUGCGGAGAUAGUUGUACAACAACAUCCGAGAAGGAACCCGAAUUUCCUGAGUGGCAGAAGAACCUCGGGGAAUUUUUUUUGAAGAUCAUCCGGAAAACCGGGCCGAAGUACUUUGACAAAUUUAACCCGAUCAAGAAAAUGGAGAAACAGUUUUGCAGCAAGAACACCCUGCUCCCCGGCAACAACAAGGACCCGAUCUUGCAACAGGCAGAGCGGAAGCAGAAGUUGACCUUCAUGGAGCUGCCCAGUUCGCUGCAGGACAAGGAAACGUGGAGGCUCGAUCACAUGCCCGAGAAGAUGUAUGUGCGGAUCGGCACAUUCUGGCGUCCGAUUUACAAAAUUCCGAAACGCUGGCUGUAUGAUGUGGAUGUGGCGGAUGAUCCGUUUAACGACCCCGAAUUUGAUCAUAUGGGGGCGAAUGAGUGGACGAACGAGGACGACGACGCACACCCGCUGGAAAAUGGAUUUAAUAACGGAGAAGGUGGUAGUUUGCUGCAGCUGGAAAAUGUUGCAAAUGGUCAUUCUAGUGCCGACCACAAGAAGCCACUUUUACAGCAAGGCUCCAAGAAGAAAGUGAAGAAGGAACAACAGGAAACGCUCUUACCGUUGGAAAAUGAUACUAGCGUUGGAGAUGCUUUGUCCAAAACAUCUACAAAGAUGAACAAGAAAAAAUCGUCAAAGCAAAAGCCCACGGUCACCUUCGCGGACGAAGAGGACGACGACGACAAGGCGCCACCGAUGAUGAUGGGUGGGAACGGAAAGAACAAAAAUCUUUCCGCGAUGAAGAAACUACAAGUUGUCAGCGCGAUUCAAGCGGUUGGGGGAAUGAAGCAGGUCGGUGGAGUGCACCAGCAAACAAAACAGGAACAGGAGUUUAGUAGGGACCACGACAGCGAGCAGCGCCACCUUUUUCACAGCACACCUCUAGUGAAGCAGGAACUACAACAAGAUGAAUCUUCUGUGCUCGACCAGAGCAUGAUGUCCACCCACAGCCGCAUGUCGACCCGGUCAAACAUGACGAACACUUCCACCCUAUUCAUUGCAAAUAUGUGUGGGUCUGGAAGGAUCCAAAUUUGUCAUGCUGUCCUUGGAUUCGAAAACAAUCUGCAUUGCAUCACCAGCAAGAGGAGCCCGGAUUGUGCUACGCGGAGACGGCAUUUGCCAUGCGGAAUAGGUGGCAUCAGGAAGCCUUCCAAAAAUCUGUGAUGCUACGUCAUGCACUGCAGUCAUUAUGGGUCAUGCAAAAUAUGCAUGACAAACCUGGCAAUAUUCCAGACCACCCAGACACUUUUGCAGUUGAUACACCCUGACCGCUGCGCAGCGCCAACUGGUCGCCGCGCGGGAGUUUUACCCGAAUAUGGAGUACUGUUUGGAUGAAACUGACCACCAAACCUUCUUAUGAACUGCAAAAGUAUCGUACUCGUAUAAAUGCAUGACAAAUUCCCUCAGCAUGAGACAUAAAAUUUGUAAUGCGGAUUUACAUUGACAAAAAAAUUUGUAAUGCAUGACUGCAAUACGAGUGCGAUACUUUUGCACAGGAUACUACUACGACGACAGCGAUUUGUCCUUCCAGGCGUUCCCGGCUUUGAAACAGGAAGAAGUCUACGACACGGCGUUACCCAGAGGGGAUUUUCGCACGGCGAGGUUUUUUCUGAAUUCCCAGUGCAAGCUGUCGGACGAGCAGUUGCAAAUCUACGAGAGAAAGUACUUAUUGCCGAAGCUGAAGGACAGUGAAGAAGCGCUGAAAAAGAUGAAAGCGACGGAAGACGCGUGGUGGGCCAGUCAGAUCAAGAAGCACCCGGAGCGGGCGCCGUUUGUCCCCGAAUGGUCGAAGAAGGAGGCGCUGAUGGACGUUGGGGACGAGAAGCAGUUCUGCACCUCCAUUCUGCCGCCGCCGACGGUAUUCACGACGCAGGUACUGGAGGACGACCCGGAAAUUGCGGACUUUGACGAUGAAGAUUGCUUCACAUUCGACGAGCGCUGCGUGGAUCCGCGGGAGCACCCGCACUUGAUGUAUGAUUUGCUGCCGACCGGCUCCGGCGGAACCGGGUUGCGGUCCGACAACAGUAUGGUCACUUCCGGGAAGGCGCUGAGCACCGUUUCCCGCAAUUUCCUGAACCAGGACCAGGAACGGUUGCAGUGCAUGGACUCGCACAACGAAAUUCCGACCGUGCAGUUGAAAAAGCUGAAAAUCAACCAGACCCCCGCGAAUGGAGGUUGUUCCAAUUUGAAUUACAAAUUACUAUCGCACAAGAAGCGGCAGCAGAUUGUCCACACCGACGCCAACAACCGGGCGGGAAAUCUGUUCAAUGUGGAAAACACCGCAGACCCGUAUAACAAACACAUCUUCAACGCGCAAAACCACGCGGGACAGCAGGCUUUGGCGCUGCUCCCGGAAGGGGGAAAAAGUUUUCAGGCGCUGGAAGGGGUGGAGUGGGCGAGGAAAAUAAAUUUAGUGGCGGACGAAGAGAAACAGAGGAAAACGGAUGAGUACUGGAACGACCCGGAAAACCACGACCAGGACUGGAUGUUGCCGUGGCAGGAACAGGUAUAAAGUUGUAGGACGCUCCGCAUGUUGAAGACAGAACAGACACGUGUCUGAUGUGAAUUCUGCAUGACAGAAAAUUGCACAGCGCUCCCCUCGUUUUCUGUCACUGGUGUUUCAUCUCAUGAGCUCUCGCAUGAGAAACACCAGCGACGCUGCACGCUGUGCAAUACAAAUAAACUUCUAAAAUCUUCCUCGUCAAACUGAAAUUUAUCCAGGCUAUGGACGAGGCUCCCGGCGCGGGCGAGUUGUCGACCGUUCCCUGCUACGAGGGUUUAUCAAAAGGAAACAUCCCCCCUCCCCAUAUUGAAAAGGUAUGACUUCGAAAAUUCGCGUUGCUGAUUUGAGGUCGCAAAUCAUAUUUGUCUUGCAAGAAGACAAUGGCAGGGGCUUUCGCCCCAUUGUGGAAGCGAUUUGCCAUGCUGUUGGGCCUAAAGGGGAGCCGUUUGCCAUGCUGAACAACUAGACCCAUGCGCCCCGACCUAGCCUGGGGAUCUGGCCGCAGUGUCUUCCUGCAAUACCAACCUGAUUUGUGUACGCAAAUCCAGCAUCAGAAGCUUCGUUUUGAUAUGGGGAGGGGGGAUUUUUCAUUUUGAUAGGGUUUCAUCAAAAACCACAACGAGGGCCGGCUGAUCGGCUACAGCAUGCGGGACCAGGUAUCCACAGUAAAUUUCCCGUACACGUACAAAUGCAGUCUCUGCAUGACAAAACUUUCCUUCCAUCCUAGUCUAGCAUGACAAGUGGUACACUGCAAGUUAGCAGAAUAUGUCAUGCAUUUUGUACAUGUAAGUACGGGAAAUUUACAUUGUAUACCAGGCCUUCGCGGACUACGGCCGGAAGGUGACGAACAAGAUCGGACUACACGACCCGCUGGCCUACAUUGUGGCGAUGGAUAACACGCGGAUCGAUAACCCGGCUCUGCAACUCCGUGUUUCAAAUCACGCUAAGGCGGCACAGUACGCGCUGGACCUGUAUAACGGGGAGCUGCAAACGAUUAACGACUACGCGUGGGUCAUCAGUCUGGAGUUUGACGAGAACACCGAUCCGAGCCAACCGGCCCCGCCCCCGCCGGAAAAGGAGCGGUACCCCUAUGGGGGGAACGACUACCACAAAUUUGAACGCGAACAGGAGGACAAGAAGCUCUACGACGAGUGUCAGAACGACAAGGAUUUGAAGGAUUUACGGUUGAUCGAAAUUCCAGGUUUGAAAACGGGGCUGUUGCCGAAGAUCUACAAAGACAACAAGCAAGACUUGGUUGACGUCGUACUUGCGACCCUAGACACGGAGCAUCACGGCGACCACACCACGAAGGUCUACGGGCCGCGGGUGAUGGACCCAAAGUACAAACAACCGAUCUUGCCGUUCACGAAAUUUGAGCAGGAAGCGGUGGACGCAGUGAAGGCGGAACGGGAUUUAGCCACCGACAAACAGAUCCGAGGAUUGCUGGAUCUGUCAGACCUAAUGAUUCCCUGGUACUUGGAGCGGAAGGAAAAACAGGCCGAGGCGCUGAAAAAGGAGUACGAAGAAACGGUAACGAAUGAAUACGUGGAGAAGCUAAACUCUCUGAAGCAGCACAAAAAGGAGCAAAUGAACAUUUACAUCAAGAAGCUCCGUCGCAUGUUCGAGCUGUUGGGUACGGUGGUUCCGGAAGCGGGGAUGAAGCAUUUUGCCGCGGCGCUGGAGCAUUCCGAUGAGAAGUGCGGAUUUCUGAUUGAGCAAUUUGGCCGGGAAGUGUACGAAAAUUUGAAGACGCAGGAGAAGAACUUCUUGGUGAAAGAGAACGAAAAGUUGGAAAGGAAAGCUGCAGGGAACUACAAAAUGAGUGCCGUGGAAGGUGGCGAGAAAGAGAAUUCUAAAACCAUUUACGAGCAGGGUACUUUCAAGAACGUGAACGGCGUGUCUGAGAAUUUCUCGAAUACAGGCACGCCGCUCGAGCAGCUACAAGAGGCUUUGUACUCCCUACAGGAUUACGAGUGGAGCCAGAAUUUGACGAAGUUGAUUCCCGAUUUUUACGAAGACAAAACGUCGGCAACUGCUGCAGAUGAUGUAGUUCUUGAUCCAACAUCUGUCGCACGGCGCCCGGCGUUUUCCACUGAAGAGUCACUAAGCAACUUGGACCUGCAGGUGGGGAAGCUGGUGCAAAUGCAGAUGGAGAAGUUGAAAGCAAAAUUAACAGUGGAAAAAGUAGAACCAGGAGGACCGGUGGAGGAGCAGUACUCGGAUACCAUGUUCCCGAGCGUUUUCAAGAAAGAGCAGGACGAUGAAGAUUCUGUCGCAGAUCAUGAAGACGGUGAAAAUGUUGCUUCCCAGCAGAACUCCAUGCUCCAUCUUCUCGGUGGCAAUCAUGUCUGGAACACUUUGCUCAUGACGGACGACGCGAAGAAAAAUCUGGGCACGGUGCAGCGCACCAUCAACAAGCUACGGGAGAUGCUUUGGACCAAAGCGUUUCUACCCAAUCCGGAAGACCAGAAAUUCUGCCACAGCGAGCAGUGUCACGAACAGUACAAGGAAUUUGAAAUUCGAAAGCAGUUAUUAGUGAACUCGGAGCAGGGUUGCUCCAUGUACCAGAAGCUCAACGAGGAUAAUACGACGAAAAUCGCCUACCCGAACGGUUACCAACCGAUGUACGAAAAGCACAUCGUGGACGCGGAACAAGAGCGGAAGGAAAUGAAACAGGCGCUGAAGGACAAACUCCUAAAUCUCUACCCGCCGCACAUCGUGGAGAAAGCCUUCAGAAACUUCGACAAGCUUAUGGAUGUGUCAGACUUGAAAUCGACAAAGUUGAAAAAAAUUGUCAUGCAUAAAAUGGAUGCCAGUUGGAACCCAGUUUCUAAGUGGCGCAUGACGAAUUUCGGUGGUCCCUAAAUCCAGUUUGUCAUGCUGCUUAGGCAAAGAGCGCCGGUUUUCUCAUGCUACUUUAGCAGCUCGAGCUGUAAACCCAAACAGGCUUACAAUCGCAAUCGGCCUCACUUGCCUGCUCUGCAACACACGUGCCUCGGGUCAUGCAUUUUAUGCAUGAGAAAUUAUUUCAACUUUGACGAUUUCAAACCUGACGCUUCCAUAAAGCUAGAAGCGGUCCACAGCGACCGCCUGCAGCAGCCGGUGAUGGGCGAGAUCGAGUCCUGGUCGGAACUAUGAACUGCAAAAAUGUCUGGGUCUGGAAGGAUGCGAACUUGUGAUGCUGCAUUUGGAUGCUACAAAAAUCUGUAUUGCAUGAACAGCAAAAGCGGUCCAGUUUUUGCCCCGGCGAGAGGGCAUUUCUCAUGCGGCAUAGGCAUCAGAAAGCCCUCACAAAAUCUGUGAUGCUAGGGCAUCAAUCACAGACGUCAGGAGUCAUGCAAAACAUGCAUGACAAACCUGGCAACAUUCCAGACCCAGACACUUUUGCAUUUGAUAGGAACAGCACGGGCAGGGGGAGAAAGACAAACCGUACGCGCUGGAGGAUCAGGAGUGGGUGGUGGAAAAGGUUUUGGUGGAACAGGGGAAAUAUCAGAAUCUGCUGAAGCGGAGGGAAAUUGAAACUCAUCUUCCCGAUAAGAAAAUCACGUCGGAGGAGGGGGACGUGAAAAUGCUCACGGAUCAUGUCGAUCAGAAGACGAAGAGGAAAUCAUCGGGGAAAAAAGAAAAGUUCGAGAAGUACAUGUUAAAGGAGAACUCAGUGGAUGGUUUUAUCAUCCAGCAGCUACGUGAGGAGCACAACGCACCGGAAUCGAUGAAAACUUGUUCUGCUGGUGGUCGCAGUUGUUCUGCUGGUACAGCUACUGCUGUUCUUGGCGGCACUAAAGAAGAUGUUCCUGCUGACGUUUUUGAAACGUCUAGUGACAGCGGAAGUUGUUCAUCGGGGAACUUUAGUGGCUCCGGGGACGAAUUAUCGUCUGGCGACGAAAAGCAGAACAAUCAAAUGGACCAGCAAAAACAGCAACUGACCCCGAGAAGCAAGACUCUCGCGCGAAGAGAACAAAACGGGCUUGUGAACAUUUCGCACCUCGACGCGUUUGCGGACAGCGGUUACAUGAGAAAGUUGAAAUGUGGUGCUGAAGAGGGUGGAAACGAAAUGAAUGCUCCGGCCCUUUCCGACGACAAAGCGGGGGAAGGAACAAGAAUAGACGACGUAGCCAUUCCUAUGGACGUCGAUAGCGAAGAUGUGGUUUCUGCGUCUACUGGUGGAGUACUUGUUUCGAGCUCGACGACAAAAACCACCGACGCAGGCAAAACCUGGAUGCAGAAGCCGGCAACGACGACUGCUCUCGUUCCGGUAGUUUCCUCGAGGAGCCACCAGUCUAGUGGCGGCGCAGUCGUGCUGUCCUCCACUACGAGCUCUACUACCGAUGAGGCUUCUACCCAACUCGUUCCGAUCGUGGACUCGAACCUGGGUUUUGGCUCCGUCCACCCGGACAAGAAAAAUCGACAGUUGACCGUAUGCAGUGCAAAGUAUCGUACUAGUAUAGACCGCUUUUUGCGCAGUGGCUGAAAAAAUCAGAAAAAGAAAAUCAAAAAAAAAGAAAAUCCAAAACGAAGAAAAUCAAAAAAAUAAAAAAGAAAAUCAAAAAAAAAAAAAGAAAAUCAAAAAGAAAAAGAACAAAAGAAAAGAAAAGCCAAGCGCGAAGAGUUUAGAAAAAAAAAAAAGAUUGCAUUAUAAAUUUCCUCAGCAUGAGAAAUAAAGUUUGUAAUGUGGAUUUACCUUAAGACAAAGAUUUGUAAUGCAUGACUGCAAUUACAACUACGAGUGCGAUACUUUUGCACAGGAUAGAUCCUGGCCCAGACCAACAUCGACGUGUUUGGAAAAAUACCCACAGUAAAGUUCCCGCACAGUGUUACAAGUGCUGUUCCUGCAUGACAAAACUUGCCUUCAAUCUUAGUCAGCAUGACAAGUUUGACACCCCAAUGUGGUAGCGAAGUUUGUCAUGCAUUUUGUGCAUGUGCGGGAAUAAAUUUGUCUUGCAUAGAAAAACAACGAAAACUACACCACAGAAGAGCAGCAAGCGGUUUGUUUGAAGCAGAUCGAGAGCGACAAAGACCUGUACCUCUUCUAUGGAUGUGUCAGGUUUGAAAUCGUCAAAGUUGGAAUAGUUUGUCAUGCAUAAAACGGAUACCAGUUAGACCUACAGUUUGUAGUCGGUGCAUGACAAAUUUUCCCGGUCCUGAAAGCGAGUCUGUCAUGCGGUGUAGGGCAAAAGAGCUGCCUUCUGUCAUGCUAGUUAGCAGUCCAACUUUUGACCCUUGCCAGGGCUGUAAUCUGCCUUCCGUGGGUCCUCUGCAAUAGAGUCACUUUCUGUAUCGCAUUUUAUGCAUUACAAAUUAUUUCAACUUUGACGAUUUCAAACCUGACGCUUCCAUAUCUUCGAGAAGUACAAAUACCUGAAUUUGAAGGAGAAAGUGAUGCAGAAAGCGCUGACCGAACCUUUAAAGCCGGUUAUGAACUGCAAAAGUAUCCUGCUAGUAGUAAUUGCAAUACAAAUUCGCUCAGCAUGAGAAAUGCAAUUAGUCAUGCUGAUUUGCCUUGGGAACGAGAUUUGUAAUGCAUGACUGCAAUUGGAAUUGAUACUGCGAUACUUUUGCAAUGCAUACCGGUGCAACCGCGCCGCCACGAAAUCGAGCGGCGGCUGUUCGAGGAUUUUGAGCGGGAGUGUCAAUAUUUGAAGGAGACUAUCCUGAGUAAAAACACUCCCGCCCCGUAGUUGUCGUGCAACUUUGCACGCUGAAAAUGUUUCUCAUGCGGAGCCCCAUGAGAAGCGUUUUCUCGUCGUGUUUCGGAAUUUGUCAUGCUCCAAUAAGCAUGAUAUGCUAGCUCUGUGAUGCUCUUGAAGUAGCUAAACAGCAUUACGCUCGUGCGACGUCGAGGCCAAGCUUGUCGUGCGCAACAGCGAAAGCUUGUUGAUUUGUCUUGCAGAUUUCCCAUCUGGGCUAUGAGGUGGGGGCGCUUUUACUCAGGAUAGAGACGGAAGAGAUGUCGGAGUAUUCUUGGGAAGGGAAGGAAUCCGAAGACCCCGAUACGGAUGAAGAAUACAAAAGAUGGGAAGAAGAAGACCUCACGGAGGAUUUGCUGAAAAAGGUCGACACGAUCGUCAUGGCCGAUGUCCCGGAACCCGUCCCGGAGCUAAGGGGCCGGCAGGACGGCCAGCUAUGCAAAAAUCCAAUUUUAAUACUAUUUCCCCGCCCGCGUACAAGCAAAUGCAUCACAAGUUAUUUGUCUCGCCAGCAGGCUAGCGUGAAGAUGUAAGAACUACACUUGUCACGCUGACUAGGAUCAUCUUCGGAGGCAAGUCUUGUCAUGCAGAGGCUGCACGUGUACAACCACGUGCGCGGGAAAAAAAAAUCAUUUCCUGUUGAUACCCACGGCAGCAAACGUACAGCAACGAGGAGAAGGCGACUCGGUUCCGCGAGUAUUUGGGAAUGGUGGAGUAUGGAAGCGUCAGGAUUGAAAUCGUCAAAGUCGAAAUAAUUUAUCAUGCAUAAAAUGCAAGGCAUAAAGUGCCUCUCUUGUAGGGAUGGCAAGCGAAGCCGACUGCCAGCCUGUUGUGGGUCUGCGACGGAGAUGCUAGUAAAGCAGCAUGAUAGAAGACGCCUUCUGUCCCUAAACAGCAUGACAAACUGGAUUUAUACGGCGCCGAAAUUUGUCAUGCACCGCUUAGAAAUUGGGCUUCCAACUGGUAUCGAUUUUAUGCAUUACAAGUCAUUUCAACUUUGUCGAUUUCAAACCUGACACAUCCAUAUGGAGAAGGAGAAUCUGAUUCAGGCCAAGCGGGUGCGGGAAUUCCUCCGGCAACAAUACAACAACGAGCAGCUCUAGCAAACAAAAAAAGGUCGUCACGAUCACUCAUGCGCAUUUUUGCAAUACAAAACUGGCUGCCAUGCGUAAAAAUGCAUGACAGCCAAGCUUCAUAGGGGAUUUCCCUAGUGUUUCUGCAAUACAAGGAAAACUUGUGAUGCUAAAAAAAUUUGUAAUGCAAAGCCUGCAAGUUGGUGACUGUGACAAACUUUUUUCUUUCCAUAAGCUCGCCUUCAUGAACCACGAAAACGAUUUUGACAGCAACAACCCCUUCAAAAAGAUGAAAGCCGAUGUCGCGCACGCCCAAAAUCUCUCGAAAAUCACCGGCGAAAACGAGAUUUGGGAGAAUUUUCAGCGGCAGAUGUUGACCGCCACGUGUGACGGCGACCCGAGCACGGUGUUGGAUGAAGCUUUGCCGGAUCACGAGAAGUUCGCGGCUUUGCGACACGCCUCGUAUUGCUUCAACAUCUGCGUCUGGCUGCAGAUCGAACUGCUGAAAAUCGAGCAAAUUGGGUCCGAGCACAACUUUUUCGUCGAGAAGCAGCGGGAAAACGAGAAGGAACAGGAUAUUGAGAACGUGCUGUUUGAAAAGAACGUAUAUGCACUGCAAAAGUGUCAUACUCGUACUUACUGAUUGCAGUCAUGCAUGGCAAAUCUCCUACCUCUGGUAAAUCAGCAUUACAAAUUUCACUUUUCCUCUUGCAAAAAUUGUUUGUGAUGCAGUUUAGACUAGUAUGAUAUUUUUGCAAUGCAUUACAUGCGGGAGGAGGAGAAAAUUGCGGAGUACAACGCUGUAUCAACUGCAAAUAUGUCUGUGUCAGGAAGAAUGCAAGUUUGUCAUGCUUGUCCCACGUGAUUCUCGAACCUGUAAUGCGUGAGCAGGAAAAGCGCCUCUUGCCUGUCAUGCAAAAAUGUAGUUUGUCAUGCGGAAAGCGAAACACAAAGGAGCCCAGAAGCUUGUCAUGCCUGGCUGCCUAUUGCAGUGUCCCCACUACAUCAAUUCAUAAAUUAGGAUUAGCAUCACAAGUUUCCAGACCCAGACAUGUUUUCGUUUUGAUAAUCCGCGAAGUGGAAAUGUCUCAUCUACGAGCACAUGACAGCCGAGGAACGGGCGGAGGAAGAGCAGAAAAGGGAAGAACUCUACAAAAAAUGGACGCAGCUGACCGACAACACGAAGGCCAUGCUCCCGUUUUUAGACUACAAGCGGCCCGCGGAAAAGUAUCAGCACGCGUUGGAAGAUAUCACAGGAAAAUAAAGAAAGUGCUAACUACGUUGAUAAAAACGGAAUUCGUGACGCAGCAAUGCAUCACUAAACGUGGCUAAAAAAUUUGUCAUGCAUAGCAUGCAGAUUGGGCUACGUUUGUGAUGCAUGACUGCAAUCUGUGAUGAAAACCGUUAACGUAUAACAGUUUUUCUUGUGAUAAAAAAUUGCGUGAAAAACCAAGACCGGUACAUGGAAGAAGCGGACUUCUUAUCAAAUGUAAAAAUGUCUGGGUCUGGAAGAAUCCGAAUUUCUGAUGCUGCAUUUGGAUUCCAAAAAAAUCUGUAUUGCAUGACCAGCAAAGGGGAUGCAAUUUUGGCUACGCGGAGAGGGCAUUUGUCAUGCGGAAUUGGUAUCACGAAGGCCUCAAAAAGUACGGUAGGGAAAACUGUCCCCACUACCCCGGUUUUCCCCAAAGACAAUUUUUUUUUUUCGAUCCAAUUGUAAGCAGGGCGGGCCCUUCGCAAGCGACCUGCGCCGCGAAUGGCCAGACCGGAGCCCGCUCCCCCAAGUGUGUUGCUGGACUCAAAGACACUGCACGCCUUGCCCGGCUUUUUGGGGCGCAAGCAGCUCGGGGCCCGCGAGGCAACGCCCUGGGCAAGGCGCCCAUGCCAGACCCGCCCCCCGGCCACCUAAGGCUGAACGCAAUGCCCCUUGCCGCGGACCUGUCUUCUCCGCUUGAGGCUGGCCGGCACCGUUUCCCUGAGUGCAUGUUCGGACACGCUGGCGAGAAAAAAAACGUAUGCUGGGGAUUUCGGCCCUAAGCAGCUAUCUACGCACUUUCGGCCACCAAAACGAGCACCAGAAACCUCCCGAAAAGGUACGCACGCACGACCCCCAGGGAAACGGUGAGGCCGGAGCCUCAGAAGUUGGGCGCGGCCAGUGUGGCGGGGCCGCGUUGCAGUAGCCCGCGCGCGGAUGGGGCCGAAGUAGCUACACACAUCCACAAAGCUUGUUGCCCCGUCAGCUCAUGCGCCGACUUUUGCGCGCCGCUAUCCCGCUUGCCUCAUUGCAUACGUAACAGCCUCAGAAAGUAUCCGCGAAGAAGAUCCACUAGCGGACACUAUCCGGGCGGACUGCGCGGCCGGUGGCCGUGUUGUUGCGUCAGUUCAUAAAAAAAUUUUUGAUUUGGGGAAAACCGGGGUAGUGGGGACAGUUUUCUCUAACGUAAAAAGUCUGUGAUGCUAUGGCAUGCAUCACAGACAUCAUGGCCGAUGCAAAACGUGCAUGAUGUCAACCGAAUUUUCACGGUGUGAAGACAAUCAACGACGAAGAAACGCGGGCGGUGUGAACACUGGCCAUCUUGCAUGUCAAACAGAAUCUAGGUGGGAUUCAGUGUUUCUUAGUCGCAAUCAAUCUAUGGUGACUAUCGUCACAGCCUGUGGGGAAAAAUUUAGGGUUCCAAACAACACACAAUUUCUGACGUCUCAGUCAAGGGGGUAAACAUGAAAGUUCAAAUUUGUUCUAAUCACCCUAAAUUUAUGAGAAAUCCGAUCAACCAUCGUUGAUCAUCACUAGCUUACAGAGUGGGUUUAGAAUGAACUUCAUUUUUGGUUCAUUUGUAUGAACAUGCUGAUUUCACAUUGGAUCCAAAUUUGAACGACAAAUUUAGAGCCUGAUUUCAAUGAGCAUUCAAUUUAGGUCGUAGGGAAUUUGCUUGGCUUAUGAUCCUGGUGGAUUUCAUAUCUUGCCUAACACAUGACAAGUCUCAGAAUCUUCCAGACCCAGACAUUUUUGCACUUCAUACUUCUCUAUCGCGGACAAAAAAGAAGAACCCGAGCGCGUCUACCAGUCGAUCAUGGCGAAACACAAGAAAAUAUGCAUUGCAAAAGUAUCGUACUCGUAUAAAUGCAUUACAAAUUUUCUCAGCAUAAGAAAUAAAAAAUAAGAAAUUUGCAAUGCGGAUUUACCCAAAGAAAAGGAUUGCAUGACUGCAAUUACUACCAGUGCGAUACUUUUGCAGUUCAUAGAAAAACUGGCAAAACAACAUUGACAUGACGGGAAUGAUCGAGUACUCUUCGGAAGAAGAUUCCGAUAAGGAACAGGUCGGGCGGUGGCGAGAGGAGCCGAAGGGGUACUCGGAUAACAGUUCCUCCCUCAGCUUUGACUCUUCGGAAAUCGAAACGGAUUUCUCCUCCGAUGACGACGCAGCAGCAGCAGCAGGCCACCACCACAACUCGGAAAAUUUCAAAAAAUUGAAAGAAUUCCAGAAGGCAGUCGGGAAAAAGUUGCACUUUCAAGAAGAUGACAAAGACAAUUUGAUGAACAAGCAACUGAAAAAUAAAAAAAAGCGACGAGAACACUUGAAGCUUUGCGGAGGGUACGCGAAGAAACAGGAGCGCGUGGCGAAGCUGAAGAAGGAACAUCAAAAGCGAGGUACUAAACCACCGCCGAAAAAAGAAAAAGGUGGUGAUAACGACGACGGUCUUUCCGAGGAGGAGGGAAAAGUCGCGCCGGCGGUGGCGGUCUCAGCGAAAGGGUUGAAGAAAGCGCCGAAAAAAAACGGAAAGUUGAAGCUGAACGAGGAUGAUGACAUGUUUGACGGGGAUACCCCGAGGAAAAACGUCCCCGCCCCGUAGUCAAGAUGGGAAAUCUGCUAGACAAGUCGCCAAGUUUUGGGAGUUGCACAUGACAAAACCGCCUCUGUAAUGUAGUGCUGGAGGUUAGCAAGCAAAGUUGCAUGAGAAAGUCAUCUUGUCAACCUGUGCACAGCAUUACAAAUUCCAAAACACGACUGAAAAUGCCUCUCAUGGAGCUGCGCAUUACAAACAUUCUUGUCAUUGCGCAUUUGCAUGAUAAGUCUGGGGCACUGGGGACGACGUUUUUGUACUUGAUAAGGGAGUUUUUGGACCGUGACGACGGUGAUUCGACUUCCAACGCGAAGCCGAAGAAAAAACCCGCCGCGAAGAAAAAAACGAAGAACGAUAUGAACUGCAAAAGUAUCGUACUCGUAUAAAUGCAUUACAAAUUUCCUCAGCAUGAGGAAGAAAUUUUGUAAUGCUGAUCUGCCUCAAGAAAAAGAUUUGUAAUGCGUGAUUGCAAUACGAGUGCGAUACUUUUGCACAGGAUAGACGACACCCCGUUGCAAUCCUCGAUGAGCGACGAGGACGACGAGGAUGUAUCGAAUGCAAGCAUGUCUGUAUCUGGAAGUAGGGUGUAAACUUGUGAUGCUGCAUUUGGAUUCGAAGAAGAUCUGUAUUGCAUGACCAGCAAAAGGAGUCUAAUUGGUGCUAUGCGGAGAGAGCAUUUGUCAUGCGGAAUAUGCAGAAAUAACCCCUCGAAAAAUCUGUGAUGCUACCUAGGGCUUACAUCACAGACACAAUGGCUCAUGCAAAACGUGCAUGAGCAAGUCUCAGAAUCUUCCAGACCCAGCAGACAUGUUUGCAUUUGAUAGGAUGGUGACAAAUCCAGCAAGAAGCCGAAGGCUAAGCAGAAGAUGCGGAAAAUGGUCCAGUCUUCCCCCGACGGGUCCGAUGAUUCGCUCGAUUUAGAUUUAUCCUGUGCAAAAGUAUCGUACUCGUAUAAUUGCAAUCAUGCAUUACACAUUCUCUUGCUAAGGUAAAUCCGCAUUACAAAUUAUUAUUUCUCAUGCUGAGAAAGCCAAAAAGAAAAACCGGCAGAAAACGGGCCACGGCAGUGCUCUUGCUGGACAUUGCCAACAUUUGCCCAUGCAGAGCCGUCCUCUUGCCGGACACAGCCAACAUCUGUCCGAAACAGCCUAGGGCCAAGACGACACCGUGAGGACGACCACAGGGGGUUCGUCUCAAUGAUGAUGAUGAUGAUGCUGAGGAAUGCAUUUAUACGAGUGCGAUACUUUUGCAGUUCAUAAGAUCUGUCAGACGACAAUUCUGGGGACGAAGAUGGGAAGAACCAGCGGAAGAAAAUGCAGAAAAAAGGCGUAGCGAAGGCAAAGCCCAAUCCGAUGGGGGCGAAUAGAGAAGAAGCGCCGAACAAAUUAGCGCCAGAAGGGGCAGCACCGGAGAAGGUGGAAAAGCGCGAACGGAAACCCCCGAAACCACACCGGGUAAGGACGGAACCACCGAACAGCGACUCGAUGGUUUCUCUCUCGUUCGAUUCCGAACCUACGGAAACCUCUUCCUGCUCUUCGGGCUCGGAAACGGGUACGGAGUCGUCUUUUGCGAAGGAAAGUUCCCUGGACUCCUCGGAACUAUCCGAGGCUUCCGUCGGGGACGAGUGGGAGGAAUUGUUUCGGUACAACUACCCACGGAAGGAAAUCAACCCUUUCAUCAUCAAACGGGACUUGACGGACAACUUCAUCCAGCAGAGUUACCACAAUGGGGCGCUGCUGCUACCGGGGAACGGGUGCCGGGAGUCGAAAGACGGAAAUAUGCUGUUCAACCAGCGUUAUGAAUUGCAAAUAAAGUAUGAUAGAUUGUACUACUAGUAGAAAUCGCAUGACAAAGCGUCAGCAUAAGAAAGGAAAUUUGUAAUGGGGAUGUGCAUUGAGAAAAGAAUUUGCCAUGCAUGGUUGCGAUAAUUACUACGAGUGCGAUAUUAGUACUUUAUUUGCAACGCAUAAGCGCUUCAAGCACCGAUUGGAAGAAACGCACCAGUUCCAGCGGAACGACUACGAUUUUCCGCCUGGGAAGAGAGUUUUGACCGACGACGCGAACAAAAUGAAGCGGAUUAUGGGCAUAUCCAAUGUAAAAACCUCCCCACACCAUAGUCAAGUAGAUGGGAAGUCUGCAACACAAAUCCCCAAGUUGUGGGAGUUCUGCAUGACAAGCUUCCACCUGCAGUAUAGGGCUGGCUAGCAAGUAAAGCCGCAUGAGAAAGCCAUUUCCGCAUCCUGUUUACAGCAUUACAAAUUCCGAAACACGACUGGAAAUGCCUCCUAAGUAGUAUGGAGAUGCGCAUUACAAAUGUUCCUGUCAUUGCGCAUUUGCAUGACAACUCUUGGGUGGGGAAGUUUUUACACAGGAUAGGCCAUCGAGCACCUCGUUUUCGAAAACAAGGAGGACCCGGACCCCUGGUGCGAAACGUUUGACAUCGACAAGUAUGCAAUACAAAUUUUUCCGUACAUGUACAAAGUGCAUCACAAAUUUCACCAACUUGGGGUGUAACACUUGUCAUGCUAAACUAGGAUCGAAGCCCAGUUUUGUCAUGCAGAGACCGCGUUUGUACGUGUACGGGAAAAUUAGUGUGGAUAACACGAUGGUGAAACGCAUGGGAAUGGCCUACAACGACUUGGAACAGGACAUGAAGAUUGAUAUGGAAGCGUCAGGAUUGAAAUCGACAAAGUUGAAAUUAUUUCUCAUGCAUAAACUGCAAGGCAUUGGCAUGAAGUGCCUCUCUUGCAGGGAUGGCAAGCGAGCCCCACUGUCUGAGCGGCCUGCUUGUCGGGGUUUGCGAUAGAGCUGUCAAAGCAGCAUGCCAAAAGACGCCUGCUUUCUCUAAACAGCAUGACAAACUGGAUUUCGAUGGUGCCAAAAUUUGUCAUGCGCCGCUUGGAUAUUGCGCUUCCAACUGGUAUCGGUUUCAUGCAUCACAAAUUUUUCAACUUUAUCAAUUUCGAUUCUGACGCUUCGUCCAUAAUUGAAUUCAAAAACUUAGUCCCGAACGGGUCCAUUUUCCAGCCCGGACCAGGAGAGCCGGGCUACAACAUGGACUAUUUGCCGCCGCCGGACCCCGGGCACCCGAACCGGGCGGUUGUAUCCUGUGCAAAAGUAUCGUACUCGUACCAAAUUGCAGAUAUGCAUGACAAAUCCAACUUUCUACCUGAAAUAGCAUGACACAUUGAAUUUUUUUAUUGGGAAAAUUUGUAAUGCAUUUUAUACUAGUGCGAUGCGGAUACUUUUGCAAUGCAUAGGUUGAGGUUUACGACGACGACGGGCAAACAAAGCGGGAUCCGAGUGAGCCGCUGAAAACCUCCUUUGGGAUGGGGAAGACCUUUCUGAUGUAUCACACCAAAAGGUGUUAACGUUAACGGAAUUUGGCAUGCAGGAACACACGAGAAAUAAUGCUCAAAUUUGUAUUGCAUAGCAUGCAUGAUAGCGAAAAUUUGUCAUGCAUGAAUGCAAUGCUAACGUUAACACUUUUUUGCUUGAUAUGAUGCAGGCCGUGCCCAUGGUGAAAACGGCCGACGGGUGGAUCUCGAAGGCGCACCUGAAGCGCGGGGCGUUUGUCGAGUGCGGGAAGUUGGUCGUGCCGGGGGAAACGGAGGAGGACGAGAAAAUUGUGAUCAACAAGGACCUAUUCAUUGCAAAUAUGUCUGGGUCUGUAAGGAAUGGAAUUUGUGAUGCUACCUUUGGAUUCUGAAAAAAUCUGUACUGCAUGACAGGCAAGAGGACGAGUCCAGUUUGUGCUACGCGGAGAGGGCGUAUCUCAUGCGCAAAAGGCAUCAGAAAGCCCUCUAAAAAUCUGUAAUGCUAUGUUAUGCAUUACAGGCGUCAUGGGUCGUUCCAAAUAUGCAUGACAAGCCUCGCAAUCUUCCAGACCCAGACAUAUUUGCACUUGAUAGGAUUUGAUGGUUUCCAAGUGGGAAGUGGACAAGUAUCUCCCCGUCCCCGCGAAGGAUAUGAUCAACUACGAUAAAGAAUUUGCGGAAAAGGAAAGAGAAAAAGUGAAAGAGGAAGAUAAGCAGCGGGAUAUCCUGAGCAAAAACGUCCCCACCGCAGGGUUGUAAUGCAAAUCUGCAUGCUGAAAAUGUUUCUCAUGCGGAGACCCAUGAGAGGGAGUUCCUAUUGGGGUUUUGAGAUUUGUGAUGCUCAAAUCCGCAUGCUAUGCUAGAUCUGUGAUGGUGCUGCACUAGCUAAUCACCACUACACUGCGAGCCCAAAUUUGUCAUGCGCAACAGCCAAAGCUUGGGUAUUUGUCUAGCAGAUUUCCCAUCUUGACUCUGGUGUGGGGAAGUUUUUACCCAGGAUACGGGACAUGGUGGAGUGCAAUUACGACAGGAGUUUCGUCGAGGAGCUAAAGAGUAUCAAACGCAAAAAUGUCUGGGUCUGGAAGAUUCUAAACUUGUGAUGCUGUCUUUGAAUUCUAAAAAGAUUUGUAUUUCAUGACCAGCAGCAAGAGGACUCCACUUUGUGCUACGCGGAGAGGACAUUUGUCAUGCGGUAGAGUCAUCACAAAGCGAUCGAAAAAUCUGUAAUGCUAGAGCAUGCAGCAUCACAGACAUCAUGGAUCAUUACAUGACAAACCUGGCAAUCUUCCAGACCCAGACACUUUUGCAUUUGAUAAAGAGAGAGAAGAAACAGAUCUUUGACGAAAAGACGUGUGAGCACUACGAUGUAAACGAUCUGCAGAUUGUGCCGUUUGAGAAAGAAAACUGCAGCUCCAACACCAUGUAUGGCGACGAGAAGAAAGAAGGUGAGAAACAAGACUGCCACUCCAUUUUCCGGGUGUCCGGCUUGGACAUUGUUUCGAGCGAUAUUCCGGAGUCGAAGGAAGAUUUUUUGCAAAAAUUCGACGCGACUUUGCGGAAGAACGACAACGACUCAACAUCAACAUCAGGGAUUCUACUUCUUUCCGGCGAAAGGAACAUCAAUGCGGGAACGACCUCCACGCUGGGUGGGUCUCAUCGGAAUAAAAAUUUCCAGCAAAAUUAUUUGCCUGCAAUUUUAAAAGAAGGCACUGAAAAAGGAGACAAAAUGGACGUGGAGGAGGACGAAGCUGCGUCGGGCGGUAUCAUGAAAAGUGGUAGCGGAGGAAAAACAAAGCAGAUGAAUGCGAAAACCCUGACCGCCGCAGGAGCAGCUGGGGCUGGUGAAGAAGAAGAUACACAGGCUGGUGAAAAAAAUGUGACCAAAGCAGGAGAAGCCCCCGCUAAGGGCAAAGCAGCAGCGAAGAAGAAAGCCGGCGAGAGCAACAGCACGGGGAACAAGCUGGCUCCAGAACCACCAGAGCACGACCCGGAACUCCAAGCUCUGCUACAGUCCAUCAUGGAAAACGUCGUAUGGAUAGCAAAAAUGUCUGGGUCUGAAAGAUUGCAACUUGUCAUGCUGUCUUUGGGUUCCAAAAUCUAUGUUGCGUGACCAACAACAGGAGUCCAGUUUGUAACACGCGGAGAGGGCGCUACUUCUCAUGCGGAAUAGGCAUCAGGAAGCCCUCUAAAGUUCUGUGAUGCUAGAUCAUGCAUUAGCAUUUACAUGCAUCAUGGAUCAUACAAAAUACGCAUCACAAGUCCCGGAAUUUUCCAGACCCAGACACUUUUACAAUCCAUACGUCGAGUACCAAGACAAGUUUGUGACCGUGUGCGACGUGACGAAAGACAAACUGGCGUGGUUGGAAGAACUGUUUGGGAAACCGUGCGAAAAAGUCGAAUCGAAUACGAAUUCAGCUUCCAAAGCGAAAACCAGGAAGGAGUUGGUCGUGAAAAACACCACUAUGGAUGUGUCAGGAUCGAAAUCGACAAAGUUGAAAUGAUUUGCCAUGCAUAAAAUGGAUGCCAGUUGUAACCCAGUUUUCAAUUGGCCCAUGACAAAUCUUGGCUGUGCCUAAAUUCAGUUUGUAAUGCUGUUUGGGUAAGGAAGACGUCUUUUGUCGUGCUACUUUAGCAGCUCUAUGUCUACCACUACCCCUCAAGAGGCUUACAAUCUGCCUCCCUUGCCUACUCUGCAAGACAGGCAUUUUGUGGGUUGCAUUUUAUGCAUCACAAACUAUUUCAACUUUGACGAUUUCAAUCCUGACGCUUCCAUAACCACUUUCAGGAUUUUGCAGGAAGAAGAAGUUUUAGAGCAGGAGAGUCAGGCCUCUGUGCUGAUCAAAAUGGAGGAAGGCUUUAGCAGUCCUCCUUCCAAUGGGAGAACUUCGAACAAGAUGAAGUCCACCACUCUUCUGACAAUCGAGAUCCCCUUGGCGUCGGUCUUGAAGUACAAUGCAGAACAGAUGCUGAAGACGAGUUACUGUGUGGACAAUUAUAAAUUCCUAUUUGAAGACCACGGUGAUGAGCAAGCUGCUGCUGGUGCAUCAAAAAAGAAGAAUGACAAGAACGCUGAAGAAAUUGGAAACGUAAAAGAUUCUACCGACGAAGUAGACCACCCGUCCAGCAAAGUAGAACAAGUUUUUCUGUUCUACUUCACGUCGUCGGGUACUACUACAGCUAGUACUGUUGCAGAAGCAGAAAGUACUAUUUCGAACAACAGCACUACAGCUCUGAAGACGUUUUCAACCACCGCGGAGCUUUUGACAAAGUCCCAAUUCGAAGAGGAGACCGAGCAAGAUGCGGAGAAUUUGCGGGCGGAGCGAAGGAGGGCGAAGUUGGAGAUGAAAAUUCAGCAGCAGCAAGUCGUGGGCGGAAGUGGAACUACAGGAACAGCGACCACGUUGGCAGCUUUGAUGGACAAUAAAGAGUACAAUGUGCCACUCUCGGUCGUGCACAAAAUGGAGAAGCAGCGAGCGGGAAGAUUGAUGUCGAAGAACACGAUGAAGUGCGACCAGCAGGAGCUGGACGAAUCUUCCAGCUCCAUGUUUGCCGACAUGUUGCGCCGUCGGGAUGAGAAGCCAGGCGCUUUGUCGACGUCUAGCAUUUUUGGCAAGAAUAGUACAACCAAAGCAGGGCAACAAGAAACUACCGAUCAUGCCGCGGCGGUCUUCGACAGUGACGAGGAUAAAAGUGAUAUGAAAAAACCGGACGAAAUAAUCGUGAUGAAGAAGGCCGAUAAGAACCCUUCUGAUGCACCAGCAAAGUCUCCGGCCGCGAAGAAAAGGAAGCUUGUUGAAACACCGGCUAGCAAAAAGAACAAGAAGACCGGCGUAUCACAAGGAAAAAUCCCCCCUCCCCAUAUCAAAUAAAGGAAGUUUCUGAUGCUGGAUUUGCGUUUGUCUUGCAGUCGAGGAAAGCAGGCUCCUGCCAAGCCUCAGUACUAGAGAGCUUUUGGCCUAGGCGCUUAGCAUGAGAAACGUCUAUGCUGUAGGCCAAACAGCAUCACAAUCACAAACCGCCUGCAUAAUGCGGCAGAGCCUGUGGAGUUGUCUUCUAGCAAGACAGACGUGAUUUGUGGUCUCAAAUCAGCAAGACAAAUUUGCGGAAACAUACCUGCUCGAUAUGGGGAGGGGGAUUUUUCCUCUCAAUACGGCGAACAGAUGAAAAAUAAUAAACCCACACCUACGAAGCAGGUGGCGAUGAAGCAAGCUAUGAAGAAAGCUACCGGGGCAAAGGAAAGUAAGCAAGGCCUGCCACCGCCUGCUGUCAAAGUAAAGAAGGAGCGAGCUCCUUCUGAAGAUGACGCGGAAGCAGAAGUAGAAGCACAGACUGCGGUAAAAAUCAAGACGGAGAUGAUGAAGAAUGCGACUUCUACAGAUAAGCGACCCGGCGACGCCACAUCGCACGUCCAGAGCAGGACGCAGGAGCAGUCCAAGUACGGCAUGAUAAACGGCCUACCACUGGAGUUCUACGUGCAGCAAAAACUAGACAACAUCGAGCCGGCGCGCAUGGCCGCGGAGCUGGAAUUUGCUUCUCUCGAUCCCCAGCGGUAUAUCAAGAAAAUCCAAGAGUACGUUGACAACCGCUGGGAGGACCCGUUCCUGGACACCUGCCACAACUACCGGGAAGAAAAUCCGAACAACGAUCCGGGUAUCCACGAUUUUGCGCGGUACAGCGGGGCGCAGGAGAAUCUGUUCCAGAUGUUGUACAAGGAGGAUAAAAUGGUGGAAAAGUUUCCGGACGCUACCGAGACGGAGGACUCACAGACCGAAGAAGAGGACUCGGACGAACGAGAGAACGAAGAAGACCUUUCGGACGAGGAAGAUUUCAUUCGCCGAAUUGUGGUAAAGCAGCGAGAACAACGGGAAUACGAGCGGUUCCGUGCGGAAUAUCCGGAGAAGACGAAGGGGCUAACGGAUAAGGAGCUGCUGAAACUGAUGCACAAGAUGGACCAGAAGAAGCGACCGGAAAUAUUACAAUGAAAAAUGCCCCCACCCCCGAACUUGGCGGGAGCAUUUGUAUUGCAAACCUUUCUAAGAGAAACACUCGCCCUCUUGCAUCUAGCAGCAUCACAGAUUUCCAAUCGUGAAUAGCGAAAAUUUGUAUUGCAAAAGAUCCGAGCAAAAGCGGCGCUUGUCAUGCAAGCAAUGCUAUAUACGCCUAGACUCUGCAUCACAAAGAUUCAUAUUGCUUUCAUGCAUGACAAAAAGUUUUCAUUUGGAAACUUCGCAUCACAAAUUUUUGCAAUUUAGGGGUGGGGGGCACUUUUCACUGUAAUAGGAAAAAGACAAGGGCGUUGUGUAUGGCCGGAAUUACAACAAGGAAUUACCAACCGCGGAGGAAAAGUGCAAGCACGAUUUUCUCGCUUUGAUGAAUUCCCACGGGAAUUCGCGGCACUGCCGACGGGCGUACAAGUUGGCGGCGAAAAAUCCGCUGUUGGGCCUACCGAUGCGGAAGCGAUUGCUACCGGAUUUUGAGAAAAACAAGAUGGGGAACUUGUUUAAGACGACCUGAGUAGCAGGGAGUAGAAAAAAAGAGGAAAAAAAAAAAAAACUUCUGAUAUGUGCUGGGGAUUUUGUGAUAUACUGUACCGCUCGAAGAAGUUGAUGCUUUUCACUACACUUGAGUACUGCAGGUCCUCCCUCUUAAUAAAUGUGUGAGUCUCUUCAACUUCAUCUGCGACGUUCACGUUUCUAGUUUUUGGAGUGGUCACCACAUCAGGAGUCGAUCCAAAUAUUGAUUUCUAAAUUUGAUAAGUUGAUUUGUUUUUGUUUCCAAGAAUAGAAUUGAUGUCCUCUCAACACAAGUGAGACACCGGAGUGCUGCUACUGUAGGAGUUGCAAUAAAAUUUCGAAGUUUAUUUGUGUUGCUUUCGGUACUGCAUAGAUUAAGAUUUGCGCAGCUCCUAGAUUCUCUACCUUCCGCCUCUUCUAUUUGAUCAUAUACCAUUAGCAUUUUCUUUUCAAUCAGGUAGACAGGGUUCCAAGAAAGGAUAAGGAGAUGGCCGCUUUAAUUAGCUAUUCGUUAGAAAUACAACGACACAUCAGAAAAAGCACUCAUCUCUACUUACUACAGUUACUUGCUGACUUCAUUGCACAUGAUGAAGACAAAAGCACAAUACUUUUCCUGAUUGGCGUAAAAAUACGCUUUUUUUUUGGCUCGCUGCAUUACUCAACAAGGACUAUUUCGAAGAAAUAGCUCAUUAGUACCACGGAAAAGCUACAAGUUAGAUAGCAAAUGACCGCGUGCGAUUUUUAGAUGAAAAAAGUUACAUUUUGCUUCAAAGCGUCUAUCAAAAAAGUUCGGCCAUUAUUAGGACCGCAGUUGUGAUGCAGCUCAGUUUCCGCAUCGGCAUCAGCUGCGCAAUCGACAUAAAAAGCAGGACACAUAUAAUAGAACAUGAACAUCAGGAUGCAUUUGUUUCAUAAUAAAGGCGAAAAUGACGCGGACCUUUUUUGGGGCGACAGCGACUCAUCAUGAUGAAUUAUUUGUUGACAUUGACUUACAUAGAUACAUUGGCCUGCACCACGACCACGACACGUAAAGGAAUUUCUACGAAUAUGUUGAAUUUGAACGAUGCUACAGCUCCAUGAUCUGCAGCAAAGCAAAAUAGAUCAGGAAAAGUGACG